GCGUGCGUGACAACAAUCUCAAUAAAAAAAUCUCUGUGUAACUCCUCACCUUUUUUGAUGGAUAGAGUUAUUUUCACAUAAGUAUUGAAACUGGAAGUAGAUUUUUUUCAUCCAAUGAUACAACUAGGUUGUAGAAGUCCGACGUGAAACUGAAAUGUGUAUUUCCUCACUGGACAGUGUUAGCAGUAUUUUAUUUCCUAUUUUGAUUUUGACGAAGCACUGAUAAACACACAAUCAGACCGCUGCCAUAUGAGAAAUGAUGGAUUCGCCGCUAAACAAGGCCCAUCGACAAGAAAGAAAGGCAGAAGCUCUUCUAAGAUCUGGAAAAUUUGAUGAAGCUGUAGAGUGCCAUCAGCAAGCAGCAGAGUAUCUCCUUAAGGCUCAGUCCCUUACAAGGGUAGAAAAGGCUCUAGAAUCCCUUCAGCUACAGCAUGACCACCAUAUCAAGCAAAAGGCUGUCAUCAGAGCAAAGCAAAGAAAGGCACAGUUGCAGAAGCAGCAGCAGAUGGAUUCCAAUGAUACUACUAUAACUAACAUUGCAUCUCUGUCUGACAAUCUACCACAGAUGUCAGGGUAUUCAGACAUGCCAACAGAUGUUACUGGUGGCCAGAUGGAGGAAGAAACAUUUAAGACCAUGGAGGAAACAGAUUCUUUACUGUUCUUUUUACAUAACCGUGCUAUAUCUUUGGGUAUGGAUUCACCAAGACCAUGGCCAAACAGACACCUCAUUCAGACUGCAGUAAAGGCUCCCAAAGAUGACAAAAUGAUUAUUGAAGAAUUAAAGACUCACAAUCUGGCUUUAAGGUCACACAUAGAACAGCUUUUAGGAGAAAACGCAAAUUUGCACGAGGAAUUGAAUAACAUAAAAAAAGAAAAUGAGGAGUUAAAAACAAAUAAUCACAUCAAACCUGUAUAUGUUGAUGAUGAAAAUGAUGAAGAAGAACGGUUUUACUCGAUUCCACCACACAUGAAUUUGUCAGACUUGCCUUCACUUGAAUUACCUCCACUGGAAAUGCCUCUUUUUGACUUUGAUUCAAUAAAAGCAAAAAUGAAUUCUAACUCAGAUACAUAAAUCUGAAUGGCAGGAGUAAUUACAUGCAUGUUGCAGAGAUAGCUUUCAAUUGGCCAAUUGUUGUAGUGGAGAUGUACACAGUUUGGGGAACAGUUACUAGUACAUUCCUAACAUUGAAUCAUUAUUCAACAACUGUGGCACCUUAUGUACUCCCAGCAUAAGGGUGAAUGCUCAGUGAUUGAAUGUUUUUUAAUCAAGAGUGUAUAGUGGACCUUUCUAAAAGUUGAGAUUUUCUUAAUAUUAAAUUGAUUGGUUUUUAUGUACAGACAUUGAUAUCAUUGCAAUUUGUCAUUCAAUCAUUCACUUUGUUUAGGAUUUCAGAAUAGAGCAAAUUGUACAUUCAAAAUAGUUCUAUUGAUAUUUUUCCCAUCUCAACAAUUUUCUUUGUUGAUCAUAUAAAAAUGACAGUUAAUUGAUUAUUUCAUGUAAAAAAAAUGUUGAAAAUUGAAAGAAACUAAUUUCAGUACAUGUGUCUCAUGCUAUUAGAAAGUGAAUGGUGUUUUGUAAAUUUUGUGAUAUCUUUUUUCUUUUAUAACUGAAGGCAAUGGGGAGCUAGUGUUUGGUAGCAUUGGCUCCAAAUGAAAAAAAAAAUUGAAAUCCUAGGUCAGCCAAGGGAACUGGUGUUUAUGAUUUGAUUAAUAAAAUGAUCUGUUAUUGCUAGAA